AUGCGCAGCAAUAUCCCGCUCCCCUGUCUGGAAGACUACGAUGUCAGCGCUAUAACUGGCUUUCUUCCUCAUGAAGUGCCAUUGCAAAGACUGACAAAUCCAUACUAUGCCCAGUGGGAAGAGAUUGCCGCAGCGGUUCCGUCUUUAUUGCUCACCAGAAGAAUUCGCUCGGUUGUGGAUGCCAAAUUGAAGCUUUUAAGUUGCGAAUAUCUCGGCUCAAAGGCCGAAUGGAGAAGAGCCUAUUCAGUGCUCGGGUUCAUCGCACAUGCUUACAUAUGGAGUGUUGGUGACUCUACCAAUAAACUGCCCGCUCAGAUCGCCAGGCCUUUCCUUGAAACUGCCGAAAAGUUGGAUUUACCAGCUGUUGCCACGUAUGCUGGUUUAUGCUUGUGGAACUACAAACUUAUAUUCAACGACGAGGAAAGUUUGGAGCACCUUGAUCUGGAUAAUAUCACCACCAUCAACACCUUCACUGGGUCCAUUGAUGAGAGCUGGUUUUACCUGGUCAGUGUAUAUUUUGAAUAUAAGGGAGCUCCGUGUAUUGUGAAGGGUUUGGAUGCUAUUCAGUAUGCUCGCGAGGGAAAUAUCGCCAAAGUGGUGGAGACUCUACAAUCUCUAGCAGAGGCCAUUGACGAGCUGGGCUCUGUUCUCAUGCGCAUGGAGGAGAUGUGCGAUCCCCACGUUUUUUACUUCAAGAUCAGACCUUAUCUGGCUGGCUGGAAGAACAUGGAGUCUGUGGGACUGAAAAACGGUGUUUACUAUGGGGACGAAGUGGAGCCUAGAUUAUACGCUGGUGGUUCCAAUGCACAAAGUUCCUUAAUCCAGACACUUGACCUGAUCCUAAACGUCGAACACUUUGGAACUGGCGAUUCCAAGGGUCAUGAUCAGAACGCCUUUAUGAGCGAAAUGAGAUCCUACAUGCCUGGGGCUCAUAAACGGUUCUUAGAACACCUAAGCAAGGUCAACAUCAUCAAGGAAUUCGUCACCGAAAAUGCACCACAAAACCCAGAACUGGUGCUUUCCUACGAUGCCUGUAUAGCCAUGCUGAAGGCUUUUAGAGACAAACACAUACAGAUCGUCACCAGGUAUAUCAUCUUACAAUCGCAGAAGUCCAAAACCAUGGGUUCCGAUACUACCAAAACCAUCAGAUCCGGAUUGGCAAAAUCCACUCACAAGAAAGAGGAUAUGAGAGGUACUGGAGGAACUGCUCUGUUGCCAUUUUUGAAACAGUGUCGUGACGAGACUGGUGAUGCUGCUGCUGGAAGAUGGGGUAGAAGAAUUCUCACUGGAGCUUUGACCUCGAAACCAAGCAGAUCCGCCAUGCUUGAGUCAGAAUUUGAAGACACAAAGAUCGGUAUGGCUGGUUCCUGGAAAGAUGACCGUAGCAAUGUGAGAGAGGGUCAUUGGUGA